UCCCGGGCGGCGCUCGCGGGGAUGCCCGAGCUGGGCUAGCAUGGCCCGGCGCCCCCCUCCGCCGCUCCUCCUCCUCCUCCUCCUCCUCUUCCUCCCUCCGCUGCUGCAGAGCCGGGGCUGCUCGCCCUGCUUCUGGUUCGCCACGCCGGACACGGUGCAGUGCCGCUUCGUGGAGCUGCAAGAGCCGCCGGCGGAGCUGCCGUCCGCGGUGCGCAACCUGACCGUGGUCGGUGCCAACUUGACGGUGCUGAGCCGGGCGGCCUUUGCAGGCGGCUGGGCCCCGGGGGCUCCUUCGCCCCGCCGACCGUUGCUCCACUUAACGUUGCUGGCGUUGCUCCGGAGCCGCAUCGAAGCGCUGGAAGAGGCGGCCUUCGCCGGGCUGCCGUCCUUGGCAGCGCUGGAUUUAAGCCACAACCCGCUGCGCCGCGUCUCGCCCGGAGCUUUCCUCUUCUGCGCCCCUUUGCACCGGCUCAGCCUCAACGGGGCGCUGACGGCCGGACGGCCGGCCGAGGAGCUGCUGGGCUCGGCUCUGGCCAACCUCAGCCUUGCGCGGCUGGAGCUGGCCGGGAACGGCUUGCGCGCUCUGCCUCCGGGCUGGACGCUGCCGGCCUCUUUGCAAGAGCUGGACGCGCGCAACAACUCGCUGCAGGAGCCGCGGCCCGACGGGCUGGCUGCGCCUUUGCUGCGCUUGCAGCUGGCGGGCAAUCCCCUGACUUGCGACUGCCCCGCUCUGCGACCGCUGCUGCUCUGGCUGGGCAACGCCACGUGGCGGGCGCCGGAUCGGCGGGAGCUGCGCUGCGCUGCCCCGCCGCAACUGCGGGACGCGCUGGUUCUGCGCCUCCGGCCGCGUCAGCUCAAGUGCCUGGAGGAAGGGGCGGCUUGGGGGCUGCUGGAGCCCGUCGGCGGGCCGGAGCCGAAGGAGCUGGAGACCGUCUCGUACGUCUUCCUGGGCAUCGUGCUGGCAUUGAUCGGGCUGGUUUUCCUGAUGGUGCUUUACCUGAACCGACGGGGCAUUAAGCGGUGGCUGAACAACCUGCGGGAGGCCUGCCGGGAUCAGAUGGAGGGGUACCAGUAUCGGUACGAGCAUGACAGCGACCCCCGGCGGGCCAGCCCGGGUGGUCUCUGAAACCGGGCAGGGAUGGGGCAGAUGGAGGACAACUGGUGACCCCUCCCUCCUGAGCUUGUCAGACUGUUGGGGAGGUUGGCACUCCAAGCUUUCUCUGUGGGGCAGCUUCGUCUGAUCUCCUGCCUUCCCCCUGCCCCAAAAGAUUGGACCUUCGGUGGCUUUAGCCAGCACCGGCUGGAGGAGAUGUUGAGGGGGACCUGCGCUGGAGUGCCAGGCUUGUGAUGCCUUUGCCAGCUGCCCCAUAUCCCGAGAUGCCAAUCUGGUGGUGACAUCUGGCAGCUAAGCGGGGUCAGAGCUGGGCAAAGUUCGGAGGGGAGGACUGGAGGUUAGAAGGGGAGGUGGGAAUCGCCCUGAUCUUAGAGGACUAUGCAGAGACUGAACUGAGACUGUGCCUUAAGACUGUCUAGAUAACUAGCAUAGAAGUUAACCGUGGCUAAUCCGGAGAGCCUAAACAACGUUGGCUAGUAACCUAGAUGAGAGGCAACCGAAGUUAUGCAAAAUUGCCACACGCUCGAAGAUGGAAAUGACCAUUUCGGUAUACGAUUUCCAAAGUGACGGAUUUAAUCUCCGAGAACUGAAAUCCAUUUAAAUGCACUGUUGUUUAUUCAUCCCUAUGGAUGCUCCACUCUUGAACCCAGGACUCUAGAUUCUGCGGAGGUUCUUUGCUGCCCACUUAACGGAUGGAGGGGACGAGGGUGCGAAUCUGACGCAGUCUGACGCAGAUUUUCCUGGAAAGCAAGCUUUGUGCAAUAUCGGGGCUGCCUUCCCCUGAGAUUUCCCCCCCCCCACCUUGGGUUGCACCCCCCCAAACUUUUUAACUUUGUACUUUGGGCAAAGCCUGUCCCCCUUUUGAUGCUCAGGGGGUGACAGAUACCCAGAAAAUGCCACAAACGGAACACAUGUAUUCUGCCAAUUUAAAAGAUUCCUUGCAAUAAUUCGGAUACAGAUGGAGAGUAACCGUGGUUGAUUUUCUCAAAGGAAUUUGGGUAAUUUGAUUCCUGGGAAUGAGCGAAUUCCAGAGCCCCAAUGUAGGUUUGCCAGUUAAACAAAUGGGGGUCAGGAAUUGUGAGGAAGGGGCUUCCACUGUCUUCCUGUCUGCAUCGGAGGUUUGCCUCCCCUUAGAAAAAAAUAUUAUCAAAGAAAGAACUAUGAGUUUUUUCUUCCCAUCUGUGGCUCCUU